AGGUCUCUAAUAUGCGAGCAGCCCGUCGGACACGAUGAGUGACUCGCCUACGCUCGUAAACGUUUAUUUGACUUUUAAAACGAGAAUGUCUCCUCGUUUGAAAACCACCCGGACAGACGAAAUCCGCGCCGGUGAGAUCGGUAUGAAUCUGGAAAGGGAGAUUCGCCCAGAGCCACUCUUCCUGCCAUUAUGGUAUUGAGCAAUCUGUCACCUUGUCAGGCCUGCUAUAAAUAGUCCCCUGCUGGAGACACACGCAUGUCUAUGAUAGGCAGUUGCAGAGAUUUUCUUCACAGACUCUGGCUCCAAAGAAACACUGACAACAUCUCGAUGGGGAUUUUACAUGGAUAACACCAUUCAAUUUGAGCCUUGAACUUUGACAAGCUGUGGACGUGGACGUGAACACAGAGCAGUUUUAUACUGUGGGUGAUACAUUUAACCCUGGAUCUUACACUUUUUGUGAAUCGCUUCAGUGGACAAUGUCUUCCAGAAGGCCAAUGGCUCGCUCUUUUUCUGGCAAUGGGAGGACAGGCAGUUUCAGUGAAGAGGAGGGCAGCUCUUCAAAUGGCCGUUCAGAAAGCCGCACCACUUAUCUCUCGAAUGUUAGACCUGAAAACAGCUAUUCAAGGUAUUCUCACUACAGGCCAACGAGGAGCACAUUGUGCAGCGUGAUGGCUCAGCUGACCGAGGACAUACAGCCGUCCUUUGAGACCACCUUGAAAUCAAAGGCAGUGUCAGAAAACUGUAAUGUGAAGUUCACCUGUGUGGUGUCAGGUUACCCAGCUCCAGAACUGAAAUGGUAUAAAGAUGAUAUGGAAAUGGACCGGUACUGUGGACUCCCAAAAUAUGAAAUUCAUCGGAAUGGAAAAACCCACACCCUCCAAAUUUACAACUGCACAUUGGAUGAUGCAGCCAUCUAUCAGGCCUCAGCCAGCAAUAGUAAAGGCAUUGUCUCCUGCUCGGGAGUUCUGGAGGUUGGCACCAUGAACGAGUACAAGAUCCACCAGCGGUUCUUUGCUAAGCUGAAGCAAAAAGCAGAGAAGAAGAGGAAAGACUUAGAGGAGCAGAACAAGAGGGAGGAUAAAGAAAACAUUAAGAAAGACAAACCGCAGAAUAGCCCAGAACGCCCUCCAAGGAAGCGGCCCGUCCCACCACCGAAUGAGAGGCCAGCGAUCAAGGAGCCUGAGGCCGGGGAACAACUGGGAGCAGCUGCAGUACCUAAUGGAGUUAGCAUACAAGUUAUGGAAACGGCCCCUGUCACAUCCAUAGACAGUGCCCUGGAGAAGGACACACCUCCAUCUGUGGAAACCUUGGCUAAAAAGAAAAUAAAGAUCUCAAAUGGUCUAGAUGCUGGGGUUAACAACAGCACUAGCAGCAGCAGUAGCAGAAGCCAGGUGAUCGGGAAUGUAGCUGAAAACUGUUAUGAUGGAGGAAUCAGUUGGGCACAGUUUCUGGCAGACACUCUCCAGUCUCAGGCUGCCGAGGAGAAACAGAACUCCUCUCAAGUGGAGAUACCUGAAGAGAUGAACAUACCUAUUGUAAAUGACAGUAAAGAGAAAGAGCAGGUGCAAAAAGAGAGGGAAGAACACGAAAAAGCACUAGAGGAAGUGCAUGAGAGAGAGAAAAGGAGAGAAGAGGAGUUGGCCAUAGAAAGAGAGAAAGAAAGAGAAAGGCCAUUGGAGAUGUUGCAUACAACAGCCCACGGUAAACAUGGUUCAGAAGUCAAACAUCAGAGCAAGGCUCAUAAAGAUCACGACCACCACAACAUCCAGGCUUCCAUCUCCUCUAUGCUCCACACGGUCAAAGACUUCUUCUUUGGCAAGAGUAAGAAGGAUUCUCAGGAUCACCUUGAGAACAAGCAGAGAGAGUUUGACCAUGACUCAAUUCAGCCCCCUCAACCGGAAAUGCCACCGUCAUUUCAGCUGCAACUGGAAUGUAAUCCAGAUGUGAACAAGCCUGGCACAGAGGUCCUUGUGCCUAUGGAAAAGAAUAAACCAAAGCAGUCUUCAGAAAGUUUGGAUAUAGAACAACAGUCAGUGUCAUUGGAGACGCAUGAAUAUAAGCAGGAAGACAGUUUUCCACCCACAGACCUGCCGCCAGCUCAUAAAUUGCCACCUCAGAGAAGAGAGGAGUCCACAGGCCAAAGUGUCAAGGAGGCUGAUGAUGCUGUGGAAGCAAUGGAGGUGUCGGUGGGAGCAGGGAGCAGCAGUCCGGCCGAAGAAAUGUCAUUGUCUGGGCUUCAAGUUCUCACUGAGAUGGAAGACAAAUAUUCUCAGGUAGUCCCGGUUGUCAAAGAGCCAGAUUGCCUGGUAGUUUCACAACAGUCUAAUCACCAGGCUGCAAGAGAUGAGUCUUCACCCAGGGAAGAUAUAUGUGUCUCACCAAAGACUAAAGCUCCUUAUGAAGAAGAAUAUCCCCCCAUAUCCACUCUCACAAGUUUGGAAGAUAGCUGGACUCCCCCUGACAGUGUUAUCUCAGUGUCAGACAGCCACAGCCUUAGACAAGCACCCACUGAAACGUUACGAGAAGAGCAGCUGAGUAUUGAUAAGAUGGGCAAAGACGGUAAACCUGACACAGAGGAAGGCUGUUUUUCCAAUGAGUUAUGUGAGGAAGAGAAAGCUGAAGUGAAAUCAAGCAAACAGCCGUGCUCAGAUAUAAAAAGAUCUGAAAUUACUGAAUUAACAACAUCUUCACCGGGAGAGAGAAUAGAGCCAUGUGAAUCUAAAACACCAGAUCAGGUGCUUUCACCUCUGUCUGCUGUGGCAGCAUACACUGCAGAGACACAUUAUGUAAAAGAAGAGACUGAAUGUACUUCACUGAUUCAGGAAAUGAAUGUAGGAUUUCCGCCUGCUGCAGCUCCACAGAGUUUAGAGAAGGUUGACCUAAAAGUACAGCAUGCAUGCACUCCUUCUGUAGUAGAGGAAAGUGCAGAGGUCCACAAUCUCAGUGAAAUACAGAGUUCAAGCUCAGAUUUUAGAGGCAGUGAAGAGAGAAGUGGCUUGAAAGAGGUAUUGAAUUCUGCUUUAGAGAAAGAUUUAGAAGGUGACUUGUGUAACAAUCUAAGCACACAGGAUCACGCAGUUUUAGAAAGUGAAAACACUGGAGCAAGGAAUGAGCAUUUACAGUUUGAAGUAGAGACAGAGAAGAGAGUAGAGGAGUUGGACGAAUCAAAAAUAUUUUUAGUAACACAAAACGAGGGAAGUAAUGCUAAUGUUUUGGAAGAACUCAGUAAAAUUGCACAUCAAGAUGGUGGUGAGAGACAGCUGAGUUCGCCCUCAGAGAAUAUUCCACAAAUCCAAAUAUCUACUAUUGAAGACACCCCAGAUAUUAAACCAACUGUGCCAGAUGUACAGCCAAAUGAACAUUUUGUAAUCCCAAAAAUUGAAAUAAUGGAGCCUGAGCUCAAAGAGUGCACUCUGCCGCUAACUGUUUUGGCACCAGAUAAACCAGAGUCAGAGCCUGCUAGUUUGCAAAAACAUGAUGUAACUCAUGUGUCAGAGAUAAUAAUCCUUGACCAGAGUAUGACUGAUAGUCCAGGCUUAUUGCCCACACAGAAAAGUAUGCAGAAUGAUUAUAUCCUCACGCCUCCAGAGAAAGUAAAGGAAGUUGCACAAUUGCAUCACGAGACAAAAAUGUCUCAGCAGGAGCAGCCACGCGUGAAAAGCAGUGAACAGCUCCCUCACAUGGACUGUGCAUCAAUUCCUGUUAUAAAUGUUUCGUAUAAUGAUGACAAGGAGAAUGAUGCAUUUGUAAAUGCCCGUGUUUCACAUACACUGCAGCCUUUUGAAACUCCAACAGUGCCUUUGUUUGUGGUGCCACCAAUCUCUGUCACUUGUCGUAAAAGUGAUCCUGGACUCAGACUGUCAGCUCGCAGUGAGUUGACUGAAACUGAAACUUCAGCUAACACGCAAAAGGGAACAAAGCAUGAUGUUGAUAAUAAAAUGACAGCAAAGCCUGAAAAAACCCAAAGUAGAAAACAGAAACUUGAACAAGUGGUGGAAAAGAGCAUAAGAGAGAACACUCCCUCUUCGCCAUAUGAAGCUCUAAUACCAAAGGUUGGUGACAAUGUGCCAUCUUUCAAUAAAACAACAGAAGACAACAUUGUCCCUGAAAUCUUGAGGAUAAAACCCCUUAAAGAGGCCAAGAGAGAGAAUUCUGUGUCCGUUGAGGACCUCCAAAGAAACAGAUCUUCUAUUGAGAGACUCAGCUCUAAACCCCCAGCACACCCAUCCCUGAGUCCAGCCAGUCUUCGCAAAUUCAUGCCCAAAGCUGCUCCAGACUCAGACAAUGAGGCUGUGACGGCUGUCCCUGUAAUCACUGUGGGUGAUCGUCAGAGUGACAAGGCAGAUGAAGAUCUCAGCGGAGGCUCAACACCAACAUCAUCCCUGUCCCGUGAAAGCAGUCCCCGGCUGAAACGCAGAGACAGUCUGUCGCUCAUACGCUCCGCCACGCCCGAGGAGUUGGCCUCCGGAGCUCGCCGUAAAAUCUUCAUCCCAAGAACUAAAGAAGACGGAGAGGCAGCAGUGGUUGGCGUGCUAGACAAUCAGGGCAAGAAGGAAACCCCCUACAUGUCACCCAGCCAGGCUCGCAGAGCAGCAUUACUACAAGCUCCUACAGGACAAAACACUCCACCAAUGGAGAGGCGCUCUCCGCUACUGAGCCGCAGAAAGGCCACCUUGGAGGUGCCAAAAGUUGUGGAGGAGACUCCCAAAGAAGAGCCAGUCACCAAGAAAGAGGAAAAACCAGCUCAAAAGAAGCUAGACCCUUUGAAAGCUCCACAGGUCAUCCGUAAGAUCAGGGGAGAGCCGUUCCCGGACGCCUCUGGACACCUAAAGCUGUGGUGCCAGUUCUUCAACGUGCUCAGUGACUCCACCAUUAAGUGGUACAGAGAUGAGGAGGAAAUACUAGAGGUGAAGAGAAGUGGAGGUGAUGAGAGCCAAGUAGCACUGGCUAUUGUGCUUGCCACCAGCCAAGACUGUGGGGUAUAUGGCUGUACGAUCAAUAAUGAUUACGGGACUGACACCACUGACUUCCUGCUCAGCGUAGACAUUCUCUCUGAGAUACUACUAAAAGAUGAUUUUGAAGUUGGAGAGGAGAUCGAGAUGACCCCGCUGCUGUUCGCCAAAGGCCUAGCCAACUGUGGAAGCUGGGGUGAAAAGUACUUUGGCCGCAUCAUGACCGAGACAGUGCACAUCGGGGAGGGCUGCGCUCACAAAGCCAGCAGAGUGAAGGUUAUUUAUGGCCUGGACCCUGUCUUUGAUUCUGGAAGCAACUGCAUUAUCAAAGUUCAAAACCCCAUCGCCUACGGGACCAAACAAGAGAGCAUCCUUGCAGAGAGAAAUCUAGAGAUUACUAAGCAAGAAUGCAAAGUCCAAAACAUGAUUCGAGAGUACUGUAAAAUCUUUGCGGCUGAAGCAAGAGUUAUUGAGAACUUUGGCUUUUCACUAGAAGUGAUUCCUCAAUAUCUGAUGUACCGGCCUGCGAACUCUGUGCCAUAUGCCACAGUGGAGGCUGAUCUUCACGGUGUCUUCCUCAAGUAUUGUAUGAUGGAUCCUAAAGGCAGGCUGAUUACACAAACCAUUUCUGAGGUGGAGCAGAAAUGCAGCACCUUCCAGCACUGGAUCCAUCAAUGGACGCAUGGAAAUUUACUCGUCACUCGGCUGGAGGGCGUUGAAACAAAGCUCACUAAUGUUAGAGUUGUGACCAAGUCAAAAGGAUACCAAGGAUUAACUGCGUAUGGCUCUCCUGAAGUAUUUGAACAGUUCCUGACACAGCAUCAGUGCAACUACUACUGUGGACUUCUUGGCCUGCGCCCCCUGAAGUCUAUGGAUAGCCUGCAGCAACCCAGCAAGAUGAAGAGCUCCAGGAGCCCCCUUCUCAACCGCAAGUUGGGCUCUGGCAGCCCACAGCUGCAGCGGAAAGGACACAGCCCUCAGAUGUCUAGAAAGGUAAAUUCUAGCCCAAAGGUGACGAGAAAAGUUCAGGAGACAGAGGACAAUAAAUCAGACGCCAAAGCCGGGCCUGAAGAAACUGUUGGUGCUCUUGAAAUGCGGUAGGAAGAAGAGCUUGCUGUGCUUUUAAUGGUUAAGUAGAACCUGUUUCUUUCCAGUUACCAAAGCCAGCAAGGACACGCUGACCUGUCUCAUAACUCUUAGAGGAGUAAGAGUUAUGAGAAAAAGGCCUGACUUAUCAAGAAAAAAAAUUACUGUGAAUUCCUCAGUCGCCAUCACAACUAUUAAACACCCACCUCCCAGCUAGUCAGUUAACUUCUUAAUAUAGUUAGAGGUUUAGGAGAAUGUUUAGAGGGAUGGGCACAAUGUUUAUGACCUUAUAGCUCAGAGGUGCCAAACAGAAAAGUCUGUAUUUUUUACUGUUAGAGAAUGAAAAACACAUUGGAGUUGGGGUUGUUGGAGACGGCCAUAUUGGAGUUAACAUAACACUAUAACAUCACUUCAAACACCUGUCUUAGAGUCUUAUCAGCUCCAUGAAUGGACAAGCAACUCUCCAACUUGAAAUAUGUCAUACUAUAUGCAGUCGCUCUUUUCUUUUAUUGCAGGGAUUUCAACAUUUUAGUGUUUUGAUCUAGAGGACUGUGGAGUAUAAAAUGUACAUGACCACAGCCAGAGAACCGAUUGAGGUAAUGUAUCCAUAUUCAAUGCUGCAUGUUCAUCUAGGAUGUACAAUAUGUGUGCAGGGUGUAAGUUUAUUUUGGAGAUGUUAUUUAUCAUUAGCAUUAGAACUGCCUGUGCAGCAUUUCUUUACACAGCAAAGUUGAGCUCAUUCUGGGGAAUAGCGGCAACAUUUUUAGGUCAAAGAUGUUUGUGUGCGCUUUGUUUUAGGCAUUACUUUUUAUUAGUUUUUGGGUACUUUGUAAUUGUUUAUUAUAGCGGGCGUCUGUGUCUUUAAUCAGUCCUCUUAGAAAAUAUGCCGGCGGAAUGCCUCUGUCAAAGCAAUAAGCAGUAAAGGGGAUUACCAGUGAACUCCUGAAGUAUGGCACGCGUAUGCUCACAGACGCGCAAAUGCACGAGUGAGUUCCCAGCAGCAAGGAAGGCCGCUGAACGAGGUUCACACAGUUGUUUUGACCUGUAUUAUGGACUGAGGGAUAAAAGCACACUGAACAAAAUAACCAAAGAGUGAACUCAGGACUUUUAGAUGCCUAUUGAUCACUUAGUAAAGCUCCCUGCAUGAAAUCUGUAAAGUUUUACGGCAACUAACAAUCACCUGUUGCUGAACAAUAGAGCUGUGGGUUUUGUUAGGGUACAGUUGGUCACCAGUAACCAGACCAAUCUUUAGCACUGCCUAUUUCUUUUUUACAAGUUGCAAUGCAAGCGUGGACUGCGGGAUUAGAAUAAGAAUGAAAACUAUUCCGUUUUCUCAUGAGUUUGCACAGGUAUUCAUUGUUAAAUUCCAACAGACACCAGUUCCCUUUUACAAGAAGAGACAUUACCUAUUCCCUUUGACAACAAAUCUGUAGGAAUUUUUAUAAUGGAUUUUUGGUUAAUGAUCAAUGAAAGUCUUCAAAUGAGUCCAAAUGGCCACUCUUAAACUUCAGCUGUUGUUACUUAAUUUCAUGAAGCCUUAUUAAUGGGAAAAAAAAACCAAAAAACACAGCACUAAGAGAAAUUUUUGAAAAGGAGUUGAAAUAUUUGAAAUAGAAAAAUAAGUCAGUGUAUAUUGACCAGCUGAUGAUCAUAAAAACACUGUAAUGUUAAGUUGUGAUGUCAGGCAAACAAACUGUUUAUGUGUACAUAAAGUCAAAGGACUAAAUAUCUGAAGCAGUGCGAAGAAAACCAGUGAAUGUGUGUGAGAGUGUGUGAAUGAGUGAGUGAGUGAAUAAAUGUGUGUUUACAAUGUGUGCUGUCUUUGGUAUGGUACACUUUGUCAGCUUAUGUUUUUUGUUUUUUUUUUAAAAAUAAAUGUGUAAAACAUUUGUGUCCAAGAAUGAUUCACAUUUUCAUUUAC